GUGCGGCGGCGGCGGCGCGCGCGGCUGGAGGCUCGGUCGGUGCGGGCGCGGGGCUGCCCGGCGAGCCCCCCGCGGUCCGACUCCACGUCGAGGGGCGCAACCCCCUGCAGGUCCCGCGGCUGCCCCCCACGCGCCAUGCGGCCGCCGACCCCCGCGCGCUGGCUGCCGCUGCUUUUGCUGGCCCUGCGGGCCGGCCUGGGGCACGCCCAGCGGGACCCGGCGCGCGGCUCCGAGCCGACGGGCAGCCGCGCCGCCGCGGCCAAGGUGUACAGCCUGUUCCGCGAGCAGGACGCGCCCGGGCCGGGCUCGCGGCCGGCGGCGGAGCGGGUCCAGCCGGCCGGGGGGCGCCCCCGGAGGCCCGGCGAGGCGGAGGCCCGGAGGCCGGCCCGCGCGCCGCCGUCCCCGCGCCGAGGGCAGCCACCUGCGCAGACCUGGCCGCGCCGCCCGGGACCCUCGGGCCCGCAGCAGCCCGCACCGCGGCCCCGCGCCGCCCCGGCCCGCCCGCGCCUCGGGACCCCACAGCGGCCCCGGGCCGCGCCCCCGCACCCGCCGCGAGCGCGGCUCUCGGGGAGGAACGUGUGCGGGGGACAGUGCUGCCCGGGCUGGACCACAGCGAACAGCACCAACCACUGCAUCAAACCCGUGUGCCAGCCGCCCUGCCAAAACCGGGGCUCCUGCAGCCGGCCCCAGCUCUGCGUGUGCCGCUCCGGCUUCCGGGGAGCCCGCUGUGAGGAGGUCAUUCCCGAGGAGGAAUUCGACCCCCAGAACUCCAGGCCAGCACCCCGGCGCUCCGUGGAGGGCUCACCUCACUCGUGGAGGAGCAGCGUGGCUAGAGAGAGCCCUGAGGCCAGAAGUGGACCCUCAGUGCCACAGCUAACACAGGCCAGGACCCUCAGUGGGCUCGGCCAGCCUCGCCCUGCCCAGCAGCACACGGGACUCUCCCGGACCGUCCGCCUGUAUCCAGCCCAUGCUGCCGGCCAGCUCACCUCCAACGCCCUGCCCGCCGGGCCAGGCCAGGAGCAGAGGGAUGGAACCCAGCACGCAGCCUCCCUGGACCCCUCAUCGUCCCCCUGGGGGCUCAACCUGACGGAGCGGAUCAAGAAGAUCAAGAUCGUCUUCACGCCCACGGUGUGCAAACUGGCCUGCGUGCGCGGGCACUGCUCCAACAGCUGCGAGCGUGGCGACACCACCACCCUGUACAGCCAGGGCGGCCACGGGCACGACCCCAAGUCUGGCUUCCGUUUCUAUUUCUGCCAGAUCCCCUGCCUGAGCGGGGGCCGCUGUGUGGGCAGAGAUGAGUGCUGGUGCCCCUCCAAUGCCACAGGGAAGUUCUGCCACCUGCCUGCCCCGAGGCUGGACGCAGAGAACCCAGAGAGGGGUCCCCAGCAAAGGGGCCCGCUCGGAGGCCCCUUGAAGCAAUCCACGUUCACGCUGCCUCUCUCCAACCAGCUGGCCUCGGUGAACCCCUCCUUGGUGAAGGUGCACAUCCGGCACCCGCCCGAGGCCUCCGUGCAGGUCCACCAGGUGGCCCGGGCCCCGGAAGAGAACAGCGUGGAGGCCAGACCCGCCGCCCGGCUGCCCGCCGGCCCCGGCCACAGCCCCUGGGACAGCAACAACAUCCCGGCCCAGGCGGGAGACAGCCCCCGGCCACCACCUCCGCCGGCGGCUCCCAGACCACGGGGACCGCUGGGCCGGUGUUUCCUGAGUGCCGUGAACGGCCAGUGUGCCAACCCCCUGCUGGAACUGGCCACCCAAGAGGACUGCUGUGGCAGUGUGGGCGCCUUCUGGGGGGUCACCUCGUGCACCCCAUGCCCACCCAGACCAGCUUCCCCCGUGAUUGACAAUGGCCUGCUGGAGUGUCCCCAGGGGUACAAGAGACUAAACCUCACCCACUGCCAAGACAUCAACGAGUGCCUGACGCUGGGGCUGUGCAAGGGUGCGGACUGCGUGAACACCAGGGGCAGCUUCCUGUGCACCUGCAGGCCUGGCCUCAUGCUGGAUCCUUCCCGGAGCCGCUGUGUGUCGGACAAGGCCGUCUCCAUGCAGCAGGGCCUCUGUUACCGGUGGCUGGGGCCCAGCGCCUGCACCCUGCCUUUGGCCCAGCGGAUCACCAAGCAGAUCUGCUGCUGCAGCCGCGUGGGCAAAGCCUGGGGCAGCAACUGCGAGAGGUGCCCCCUGCCCGGCACAGAGGCCUUCCGGGAGAUCUGUCCUGCAGGCCACGGCUACACCUACUCCAGCUCGGACAUCCGUCUGUCCAUGAGGAAGGCCGAGGACGAGGAGCUGGCCAGGCCCUCACAGGAGCAAAGUCACCAGAGCAACGGGACACACCCAGGGCCGGCAGAGAGACAGCCGCUCCAGGGGGGCGCCCACACGUGGCAGGAAGCUGGCACCACCCCUGCCUCGGGAGGUGCUCGGGCUGGCCAGGUGGAGACCAGCGUGACCCACGUCCCAGCCUGGAUUCCAGAACACGCCGGGGGAAGACCCACACAGCCCCUGCCUGCACAGAGGAGCCCCGAGACCUGGACGCAAGUGCCAGUGCCUGCCCCCAGCCCCACCGAGGCGCCGCUGGCCCUGGGCCCCCCGGACGUGGACAGAUGCGUCCCCAACAUCUGCGGCCCCGGGACCUGUGUGAACCUCCCCGACGGGUACAGAUGCCUGUGCGGCCCCGGCUACCAGCUGCACCCCAGUCAGGCCUACUGCACGGAUGAUAACGAGUGUCUGCGGGACCCGUGUCGGGGACGUGGGCGCUGUGUCAACCGCGUGGGCUCCUACUCCUGCUCCUGCUUCCCAGGCUACACGCUGGGCCCCUCGGGAGCUGCGCACUCGUGCCACGACAUAGACGAGUGUGAGCGGCCAGGGGUCUGUGGCAGUGGCGGGCAGUGCGUCAACACAGACGGCUCGUACCACUGCGAGUGCGAGCAGGGCUACGUCAUGGUGAGGAGGGGGCACUGCCAAGAUAUCGACGAAUGCCGUCAGCCUGGCACCUGCCCCGAUGCGCGAUGCGUCAACUCCCCCGGCUCCUACGCCUGCCUGCCCUGCGAGCCGGGCUUCCGGGGCCUGGGCGGGAGCUGUGUAGAUGUGAAUGAGUGUCUGAGUCCCGGGGUCUGCGCCCACGGAAGCUGCACCAACCUGGAGGGCUCCUUCCGGUGCUCCUGUGAGCCGGGCUACGAGCUCACCCCCGACCAGAAGGGCUGCCGAGAUGUGGACGAAUGCGCCCACCGGGCUUCGUGCCCCACGGGCCUCUGCCUCAACACCGAGGGCUCCUUCACCUGCUCGGCCUGCGAGAGCGGGUACUGGGUGAAUGAAGAGGGCACCGCCUGCCAAGACCUGGACGAGUGUGCCUUCCCGGGAGUCUGCCCCGCUGGAGUCUGCACCAACACGCCAGGCUCCUUCACCUGCCGGGCCUGUGACCCGGGCUACCAGCCCGGCCCUCUGGGCCACACGUGUGAAGACGUGGACGAGUGUGAAGCUCUUCCGGGCAGCUGCCAGGGUGGCGAGUGCAAGAACACGGCGGGCUCCUACCAGUGCGUGUGUCCCCAGGGCUUCCAGCUGGCCAAUGGCACUGUGUGUGUGGACGUGGACGAGUGCUCGGGGGAGCAGCACUGUGCGCCCCGGGGCGAGUGUCUCAACAGCCUGGGCUCCUUCUUCUGUCUCUGUGCCCCUGGCUACACCCCCACUGAUGGGGCCACCCGAUGCGAAGAUGUGGACGAGUGUGCAGGCCCUGACCGGUGUCAGGGUGGCCGCUGUGUCAACACAGACGGCUCCUUCCGCUGUCUCUGCAACACUGGCUUCCAGCCUGCCGCUGAGAGCACCGAGUGUGUGGACAUCAACGAGUGUGAGGACUACAGCCGCCCAGUGUGUGGGGCCUGGCGGUGUGAGAACAGCCCCGGCUCCUUCCGCUGCGUGCAGGGCUGCCAGCCCGGCUUCCACCUGGCGCCGACGGGAGAAUGCAUCGACAUUGACGAGUGUGCCAACGACAACAUGUGUGGCAGCCACGGCUUCUGCGACAACACGGACGGCUCCUUCCGCUGCCUCUGCGACCAGGGCUUCGAGAACUCCGCCUCGGGCUGGGACUGCGUGGACGUGAACGAGUGCGAGCUCAUGCUGGCCGUGUGCGGGGCGGCGCUCUGUGAGAACGUGGAGGGCUCCUUCCUGUGCCUCUGUGCCAGCGACCUGGAGGAGUACGACGCUCAGGAGGGCCGCUGCCGCCCGCGGGGGGCUGGAGGCCAGAGUGUCCCUGAGGCCCCCCCUGGGGAGCGCCCCCCGGGUCCCCUCCACGCCGAGUGCUACUCGGGGACGGAAGGCCAGCCCUGCUCCCGCCUCCUGGGCCGGAACACCACGCGGGCCGAGUGCUGCUGCACCCAAGGCGCCAGCUGGGGGGACGCCUGUGCCCCCUGCCCCGCCGAGGACUCAGUGGAGUUCAGCGAGAUCUGCCCGAGCGGGAAGGGCUACGUCCCCGUGGAAGGCGCCUGGAUGUUCGGGCAGACCACGUACACAGAUGCGGACGAGUGCAUGAUGUUUGGGCCUGGCCUCUGCCAGAACGGCCGGUGCCUCAACACGGUGCCCGGCUACAUCUGCUUGUGCCAUCCCGGCUACCACUACAACGCCGCCCGCAGGCAAUGCGAGGAUCACGAUGAGUGCCAGGACACGGCCUGCGAGAACGGCGAGUGCGUGAACACCGACGGCUCCUUCCACUGCUUCUGCAGCCCGCCGCUCACCCUGGACCCCAGCCGGCAGCGCUGCGUGAACGGCACCAGCGACCCAGAGGACCUGCCCGACCAUGACAUCCACAUGGACAUCUGCUGGAAGAAGGUCACCGACUACGUGUGCAGCCAGCCCCUGCACGGGCGCCGCACCACCUACACGGAAUGCUGCUGCCAGGAUGGCGAGGCCUGGACCCAGCAGUGUGCUCUGUGCCCCCCGAGGAACUCCGAGGUCUACGCCCAGCUGUGCAACGUGGCCCGGAUCGAGGCGGAGCGGGAGGCCGGCGUGCACUUCCGGCCGGGGUACGAGUACGGCCCCGGGUCUGAGGACCCGCACUACAGCCUCUACGGCCCCGAUGGGGCCCCCUUCUACAACUACCUGGGUCCCGAGGACGUCGUGCCCGAGCCGCCCUUCUCCAACCCGGCCGGCCACCCCGGGGACCGCGUGGCUGCCCUCGAGCCACCCCUGCCACCCUCGGAACUCCAGCCCCACUACGUGGCCAGCCAGCCAGAGUACCAGGCCGGCUUUGAAGGGCUGCAGGCAGAGGAGUGCGGCGUGCUGAACGGUUGCGAGAACGGCCGCUGCGUGCGCGUGCAGGAGGGCUACACCUGCGACUGCUUCGAGGGCUUCCAGCUGGACAUGGCCCAGCUGGCCUGCGUGGACGUCAACGAGUGUGAAGACUUGAACGGGCCUGCCGCGCUCUGCGCCCACGGCCACUGCGAGAACACCGAGGGCUCCUACCGCUGCCACUGCGCCCCGGGUUUUGUGGCCGCAGCGGGUCCCCCCCACUGCAUCGCUGAGGAGUAGCGGCGGGGGUCAGUGUGGGCAGCUACCUGGAACUGGGGCCCCCGCCCCAGGGAAGGGCCCUGAGGGAGCUUUCCCGGCCGGGAAGACCCUGGCAGACACCGGGCAGGAGGCUGUGCCAGCCAAGUCUCUUCGGGUCUCAUGGCUCCCGGCUCAGGCUCUGGUGGUGAGCUUGUCACCACCUCCAUGCUGCAUGCCUUUGCUUGGCUCCAGUACCACCAAAUAAGUGCUUUCAUGCUUCCGCCACUGACCACAAGGCCCAGCCCUCCAUCUGCCCUGGCUUUGGCAUGGGAUGUGUACAAAGGGAUGGUCCCAUCUACCCACUCAAGCUGCACAAAGGUGCAGGGUCCUUUGGCGUCCCAUCGCAGACACGCUUUCCCUGCAUGAUCCAGACCCUUAUCAUCCUGAUGAUUCCCCAAGUGGGCCAGAAGCCACAUCGACCCUGGGCUGGUCCUUCCAAUCCAUGGAGCAAGGAAAUGCUGGUGGGACACAUCACCCGCCAGUUUUUGGCGUGGACCAGAUUUUUGCCACGUCUCCACCCUGUGGCCCCAGAAAGGAGCAAAUGUUCUCGUGUCCGAGAAUUCCAGAUUGCAGGGAGUCUGAGAAAGCAGGGAGAAGGCGGUGUGAAAAGAAUAUGGGGGAAGUUUGGUAAGAGGGUGUCAGGGCUUCGUGCCAGUCUGAAGCAAAAUGCUCAGUAGUUGGGGUAAAGAAACUAAACCCAGGGAAGUCCCUGUGCACUGCAGACAGGAAAGCCAUGGCUAAGAACUUCAGUAAAUACACACGCUUCCCACAGAAACAAAUCUCCCCUGAGCCCUCCCUCUGUGCAAACCCGCUUGACAGAAAACCCUCCUUUCCAGCUUGUGAGAUACAGAGCAGUCUUGUCUAGGGGAAGCCAGAUUUCCUGUGGCUCUCGCCGGAACUCAGAGGGCUCUGCCCUCCUCCCCUCACAAAGUGACCGCCCACUGUCCCAGGCCUAGCGGGCAGUGCAGAGCCGCCGGGACUAAAGGAACAUACGGCUCGGCACUUCUGUUCUUGUGUUUGUGUCAUUUGCAAUCAAAUUACUUCACGUGUUGGCUCAGUCGGGAUGUUCGCUGCGAGAUUGUGCCACUACGUAUGACUGGGGUCCCCAGGGAAAGGGCUCGUGACCCUUCCAGGCCAAGGUCACCUGUGAGUUGGCAUUUCUCUGAGGAACGGCCGUGUCCGUGAGAAAGGCACCCUUGUGACUGAUGAUGUGGAGGUGAAUCCGUCUUCCUGGUUUCAUCUCUUCCGGCCUAACCUGCCCCCGGCGGCAGUCAUCUCAGUCCCUUACUGGAGGCCUGCUGGGGGCCACACGCCGUGCUGAGUGCCGUGUCUGAAUUGCAUCUGAGCAUCCAGUGAUCCCACCUACUCUAUUUAUGCCCAACUUAUAAAACAGGGUGAGAAAAGUUGACACACAUAAAGCUUUGAUGAUUUGCUCUAGGUCAUGCUGGUUGAGACAGAAAUAUAUAGUUCUUAAACAUAUGAACAUAUUCUGACCUUUCUCCGUAACUAAAAAAGUGCAAGUUGAAAUCACAUAAAGAUACGCUGUCAGACAGACAAAAAUUUAAAACAUUUUUUUUUAAGAAUCCUAGUUGAGGGGCUGGGAUUAUGGCUCAGUGGUAGAGCGCGUACCCAAGCACAUGGGGAAACUGACACUGUCAUACACUGACAUGAGUACCAACUUCUGAUGAGGCUGCACUGAGCACUGUCUUCCAGAGUGACAAAAGCAUUUACUCUUUGAUUCAGUAAUUGUACUUUUAGGAAUUUUACCUUCAGAUAUAGCCUCAGUACAUGUGAAAUAACAUGAGCAUGGUUAUUCUAGCAUUAUUUGGAAUAGCAAAGUAUUAGAAACAAUUGACUGCUAAGAAGCCCUAAAAAAAAACAAAAAACAAAAAGAACAGUUCUAGCCAUCAAAAAUAGAGUAAGGAGGAAGGGAAGUUUGUAUAACAAAGUGCAACAUGCUGCUACUUGCCUAAUGAUAGGGGAAUGCGAAUUGGGUAUCUGCAAAUUCUAUCCUUCCCACCCCACUUUACUCCCAUGUUUCAGAGAAUUCCUAACAUUCCCUCAUAUCCCUGCUGGCAUUGAGCACUCUUAAAUGCAAUUUCCACAUUCCCUCAUCCCAAAGCUCACCUUCCCGAGCUAUUUCGUGCACAUGCAUAUUUAUCUUUGUAUUCGAAGUGCAUCUGGCAUAUCACGGAUGCUCCCCUGCACUUUUCUCUUUCACUUUCUACUGGCACAUAGAGAGCUGUCUUGUUCCCUUUCAUAACUGUAUGUGAUUCCGUUGAAUGGAUAAACCGUAAUUUAUUUCACCAGUCCCCUACUAAUGGACAUUUUCUGUCUUUUUAAUGCCUUAUGUUGUGCUGAAGAUUUUUGUACAUGCUUGCUCAUAUCGUAUCAAUGGCAUUGUAUCUUAGAAACAAUGGUGGCUUGUGGGGAGCGGGAUGGGAAGUUGGGUACAGGCCGAGGACUUUUUUGUAUCCCCUUUUGUGUUUUAUUGAAUUGUGAACCAUAUGUAUUACCUAUUCAAAAAAUAAAAUAUUUUUAAAUACAGCAGCUUGGCCAUAGUCUGCUUAAGUGGUCCUUCUCUUUAGCUCUUUCUCUGAUAGUAUCUUGUGAAAAAUAUAUACUCGCACGCAGAAGGAUGAUGUGUGUCCGUGGGCUUUCGGGGAGGCUCUCUCGCUUACUCACAGUCAGUGCUCUCAAGCCGCUGUGUAUGAACCAGAUCGAGACGGCUGUUGGCUGUGGGCAGGCGAGGGAAGAACGAGGACCAAGCUGGUUGAUUAGUUGUCGGUUAUUCAAUUGCUCGUCUCUCCCAUCUCACACACUCUUCCUUCCUAGCCCCUCAUUCCUAGAUCCCAGAUCCUCGGAUUCUGACUCUGACUUUCUGGAUUCUGACUUUUCUUCUUCCCGUUCUCUGCUUUUCUUACGUUCUCUGCUUCUUCUUCCCUGGAUUCUGACUCUGAUUGCUUCUCGAUCUGGCUCUCUUUUUCUACCUCCUCUGGCUGGCUCUCCUUCUCUCCCUACCUCCUCCUUUAUGCUCUGCUUCUGUGUGUGCUGCUGUGCUCUCUUCUCUCUAUCUCUGACUCUGUCUCUGUAGUCUCUCCUCUGGUCUCUUCCAAUCUACCAAUCUCUGUGUUCUCCAAUCUCAUGUACCUUAUAUAGCAAUAACUUAGGGUGGUGAUACAAAGGUGGGGUUGAACAUUAACAAAUCAACAAGGAGAGGUAAGGCCACUCCUCCAAGAGAUUAACUCAAGGAUAAAAUCUCAUCUAAAGAGAUUACUCCAAAUUACUAGGAGAUCGGUUUAAGGGCGGGAUCCCAUCCAGAAUGUGUAGUUUUCUUUCCUCAACUAGUAAUCCACUUAAAUAGUUAUAGUAAAUUUACUUCUAAUAUUUCUAGCAAUGUCAUUCUGUAUGAACACAGAGAUAUAUCAAACUUAAAGUUUGAUUCUUCCUGAGGACAUUCACUAUAUAUUCCAGACCACAGUCCUCAGGCCAGGUUAGUCUUCCUAGCCCCAGCAAGGUCCUAAUCCUGUCGUUAUUUUUGGAUCAUGACAGCAUUUAUCCAUGACCAUGCUCUCAACUUAUAGUUGAGUAUUGUGGCACUUUGGCCUGGCCCAUUUUGAUGCCAGGGUAGCUCACAGCUUGCCCUGGAUCCAUUCAGUUCCUCGACGGGACGCUGCUUUUUGGGGUGCUAGGAACUAAGGGCAACUAAGUCAAGAAAGCAGAUGCCCAGGAGUAAAUAUUAUUCGGAGUCAAUCAACUCCCAAGUUACAAGAGCAUAAUAUUAACUGUCUUCCUAUGUUCAUGCAGAAAGGACACUGCUUUAACGUAAACUAUGCAAAAGACAUAACUUACAGGUUCAGUGCCCUUAGAAGGAUCUUAAUUUACAAGCUAACAGAAUCUGAUUAGGGGAAAGGUGAUUAACUGGUUGGGAAGGAGCGUACAGAGAAGAGUUUACAGAUAAACAAAGGAAUGGGAGCACUGUGAUGGGGCACAACCCGAUAAACCUAAGUUCCCUGCGGCAAGGCUGAAAGGACAAACCCGAUGUUAUCCUACAUUAUCUUACAUUUUAUUUUUGGGUUUUUUUUUUGGCAUUAUCUGAUGGUGCUCAGGGUUUAUUCCUGGUUCUGCAACUCCGGGAUCACUCCAGGCAGGGAUCCAGCACCUGGGUUGCUGGGAAGUGAAACUGGGUUGGCCCCAGGCGAGCCAAGUGCCCCAUACUCCGUACUGUUUCCCCAGCCCUAGAGCAAACAUUCUUGAGGCACCUCCGUGGAGGAAGAAUUUUCUAGGAAGGUAGAGCAGUUUCCUGCCUUGGAGCCAAACCCGGGAAAUCAGGCUGGUGUCGGGAGGCCACGUGAGAGCCCGCCCACGGCGACUGCAUGACCUCAGCUUGGCCAAGGUUGAAAGGAGGCCCACACCUCCGCAAACAGCACUGCCCACUGCUCCAUACAGGAUGUGCCCUUUAAUGUGCUCCAUACAGGAAGACCCUUUAAGGGGGUACUGAGCAGGAACGACCAAAAGAACAAGACUGUUUUCAGAAGUUAGAGAGAUGAGUGUGUCAUCACAGAAACUAGGACUACAGUCCUUCCUAAUCUGUUGUAAACCUGUUUUCCUAAUCCCUUGCUCAGUCAUCGGUCCCAGGAAAAGAAUCUAAGGGUGGGCAGGCCACAUCAUUUACAAAGCACUGUGCACUACCAGUCACUUCACAGACUAGUGUGAGAGCUGGAUGUUAAUUCUUUGUUUUUCCUCCUCUUCCUCCUGCUCCUUAUGACUGCUAACUCUUUGAGACAACCAAGUGUCAGGUUGCUCUCACCUUCGGUGCUAAAGCACAGGUGGGACUUGCUGCUGUUGGCAUUCACUAUGAAGCAUAAAAAGUUAAAUAUCAAGGGUUCAGAGAGGUAGUACAGUGAGUAAGGCAAUUGCCUUGCAUAUGGCAGACCGGAGUUGGAUCCUCAGGACCCCAUAUGGUCUCCUGAGCUCUGCCAGGAGUAGUCCCUGAGCUCAAAGCCAAGAGUAAACUCUGAGCACUGCUGGGUGUGGCCCAGAAAAGUUAAAUAACUCUUCUGUGGACCAGAGAGAUAACAGGCUUUGCAUGCAGGAGGCCUGGGUUUGAUACCUGGCACAACAGAGUCUCCUGAGCAUCACCAGUAGUCCCUGAGCACUGCUGGGUAUGACCUCACUGAAAAGGAAAAAAAAAUCAAUUCUGCAGCAAUUAGUACCUUGAUAACUUCCUCUUGAAAGUUGUGGGGAGAUAAGUUUUUUUUUUUCAACUGAUACUAGAAGAGUGCAAAGUUUCCCUAUAUGAAUCUGCAGUGAGUAAAAUUUAUGAAAACGCUGGAUUUUGUGGUUUGCUAGAUAGAAGAAUCUAUGCAAAAAAAGUCUUAAGAAAAUCCUAAGCCCAUUUUACUGUUCUUGUUUAUUCCAAGCAAACU